UAAGGUAACACAUGCAAAGAGCAAGGGGGAGGCUGCAAAUGCUGACGCGUGGUGAGCGUCUGUGAGCGAGCCAGUUUGCUCAGAGAUUCUGAAUCAGACAGCAUCUCUUCACGAGCAUCACGCAGAACAGCAGAAGAUUUUUCUUUGGAAACAUCUGGAGAACUGAUACAUUUGAUUAUUCAACUACAUCUUGCUUUAGUUCUCUUUUCUCUACUACUUUUAUCAAUUCUACCACCUUAAUCUGUUUUUUUACCAUUGUUAUUCUUUAUUGACUUAAUUUUUGCUUUCUAGCUUAUUUUUUCAUUUCUCUUGCUUUACCUCUCCCAUCUCUUUCCUGUUUUUCUUCAACAAAACUUCACAUUCCUGAUGAACGACUCAUACCUGCAGAUCCUUAAAGAGCAGAAAUCUGCGAACACUACAUCUUUGCCGCCUUCUAAUGGCAGUAUUGCGGACUCUCCAUCGGGGGCACUGUGUGAGCAGGUUCAGAUCCAGGCGGAGGUUUUUCUCACCUUGGGUAUCGUGAGUCUACUGGAGAACAUUCUUGUCAUCUCAGCAGUUGUAAAAAAUAAGAACCUGCACUCUCCGAUGUACUUUUUCCUGUGCAGCCUGGCUGCCGCAGACAUGUUGGUGAGUGUAUCAAAUUCUCUGGAGACCAUUGUCAUUGCAGUACUAAAUAGCCGCCUUUUGGUGGCCAGCGAUUAUUUUGUGCGAUUGAUGGACAACGUUUUUGACUCGAUGAUCUGCAUUUCACUUGUGGCAUCCAUCUGCAACCUUCUGGCCAUUGCGAUUGACCGCUACGUUACCAUCUUCUACGCCCUACGCUACCACAGCAUAGUAACCGUACGAAGGGCAAUGGUCGCCAUAGCUGCGAUUUGGCUGGUUUGCGUGGUUUGUGGGAUCGUCUUUAUAGUGUACUCGGAAAGCAAGACUGUGAUCGUGUGUCUCAUUAUGAUGUUUUUUGCAAUGCUGGUUCUCAUGGCAACACUCUACGUACACAUGUUUUUACUCGCCAGACUUCACGUGCAACGAAUUGCCGCCUUGCCCCCUGCAGCAGCCGGCGCGGGCAACCCUGCCCCACGUCAACACAGCUGCAUGAAAGGAGCGGUAACCAUCUCCAUCCUGCUUGGCGUGUUUGUGUGCUGCUGGGCGCCAUUUUUUCUCCAUCUUAUUCUGCUGGUGUCCUGUCCACAGCACCCACUGUGUUUGUGCUACAUGUCCCACUUCACCACUUACCUGGUCCUCAUUAUGUGCAACUCUGUGAUUGACCCUCUUAUCUAUGCCUGCCGCAGCCUUGAAAUGAGGAAGACUUUUAAGGAGAUUCUCUGCUGUUUUGGAUGUCAGUCCAAGUGAGAAACUGGAAGAAAGAAAGAGACAAAACUGAGACAUUUGAAAUGGUUUGAAAAAAGACAUAUUUGUGUAGGGUUUACCUGUUGAUGUUAGAUGUAGAAACUGAAACAUGGGGGUUAUCAUGAUCAUGAUCUUGAAGCUGGUAUAGCAUUACAGAGUGAACGGAAACCUCAGGUACCAUUAUUUGUAGAAAAACAUGUGGACUCUAAGUCAACUGAAGUGCAUGCUGUCAUGAAAGCAAAAGGUGUACUUUAAUAACAAUGAAAAAUCUUAGAAAAAGCUAAAUAUAGGCAUUCUUACUACCCUACUGAAAAAUCCAGCUAAGACCAGCAUAAUCUGG